AUGGACAGGCUGCAGAGAGACAAGGCAAGUUCCAGUUACUACAUAGACAGGCGGGUGACCAAAGUGGAAGACUUCUUGAAGACAAGACUUCUAGACACCCUGUCUGAGCAGAUUACCAAGGUGUUAAAGAUUGUUCAAACUCGUGCUCCAGAGAAGCGUGUGUGGCUGGGUGGAGUUGGUCCAGCUUGGGCAGGGGGAACCAACAAUUUAUCUGACACAUUUGCUGCUGGUUUUCUGUGGCUCAACACUCUUGGGAUCGCUGCAGCUCAUGGGAUUGAUGUUGUCCUCCGACAUUCUUUUUUUGAUUAUGGAUACAACCACCUCGUCGACCAGCACUUCAACCCUUUACCUGAUUACUGGUUAUCUCUGCUCUUUAAACGUCUGGUGGGCCCCAGGGUGCUUGCGGUGCACGUGGCAGGUCUCCAGAGGAAACCACGCCCUGGACGGGUGAUCCGGGACAAACUCCGCAUCUAUGCACACUGCACCAGCUUUCACAAUCAUGAUUAUGUCAAAGGGUCCAUAACCAUCUACAUCAUUAACCUUCAUCGCUCACGAAAGAAAAUCAAGCUUGCCGGGACUUUACGAAAUAAAACUGUUCACCAAUACCUGUUACAGCCCUUCGGGACAAAUGGACUUCACUCCAUGUCUGUGCAGCUGAACGGAGAGCCCUUGCGUAUGGUGGAUAAUGAGACAUUUCCUGAGCUGAAGCCACGGACGCUCAGGGCUGGAAGAACGAUAGCCAUGCCACCUGUAUCUAUCGGCUUCUACGUCAUCAAGAAUAUAAAUGCUUAUGCCUGCCGCAGAUAACACAUACUGACCAGCUUCAGAUGAUCUUCAUGGCCUUCUCCUCUUUUUAUAAGCCCACAGAGAUGUGGAAAAUACCCCUUUGUUCAAGCAAGGGUUGCACUGAAUGCUUCCAACAACAUUUCUCCUCUUUUUACCACAAGAAAAGCUUGACUUGUGGAAAGUGAAUGUAUUUUGGUUGCCCAUUUGUGGAUUUUUUUGUCGCUUUUGGUAGCAGGAGUGUAAUGAAGUCUCACAGUGCUUCACAGAGUGUCCCUGAGAGCUUUGUAAUCCAAUGUUGAAGACCAGCCUAAGCUAUGAACUAAGUGCCAAUGUGUGGUUCAGAUGCGGUGGGAUGAUUACAAAGCAGAAUGAGCUGAAUUUGAACAUUUUCCACUGCAAUUUUGUGGGAAAAUCUGUGCAAUGGGUUUAAACAUGGUAAAAUUUGUUAAACAGAUAUGACAGCACUACAUUCUCAUUGGUAGCUAGAAACAUGAUCAGAUUUGUCUAAAUAUAUUAAGUGACAGCCGUUCCAGUUCUCUGUAGUUCUGUGGGUGUGGAUUCUGUGUGGCCCUGUCUGUCAGCUUAAUGUGAUUCAGCAGAGUAGGACAUGUUCCUGGAUCAACAUCCUUGUUGGUUCUUAAACAACAUUCCAGCUCGACAGCCAAUCAGAUUUUAAGGUUAGAUUUAAGGGGCUUGAACACUGUUCUUUUCAACCAAUCAUUUGUCUUUGAUUUUAGAGGUAGGUCAUGCUUAGGAUUGCAAGUCUUAGAACUAUGAUUGCUUGCUAGAAAUGUUGUUCCAGGACCAACAAGGGAGGUUAAUCCUGCUAAAUCACAUUGUACAAAUAACAUAUACAUCUCUCUUGUGUACUUUUUUUUUUUGGAUACUGGGGUCUAAAGCCGCUUCAAAAUGCACAGGGCCAAAACCUGAUCUGUUAUCUUAUUUUUUUUUCAUCACAGAACAGUAAAUAUAAAUCUCCUAUUUAAAGCCAGCUUUAUGAACUUAUAACAGUUGACUUAUGACCUGAAAAUAGCUUGCAUCUUGGGAUCUCUAUCCCAUAUUUUUUUUUUUUUUUGGUUGCUGCUUUACAAUUUUAAACUGUAUGAUGAUGAAGGUACUAUGGGGUUUGCUAAAUCGUCCUUAUAUUUUAUUGCUAAAAUAGAAAGGAAUCACAUAAUACACAACUUACACACAACAAUACACAAUCUUUAUGUGAUUCAUCAGUUCUCUGAGAAAUACCGUUUAUAACUGUAAUGUUUACAAGUUUGAUUGCCCAUUAUAGCUCAGACUCUUUUGAAGGCUAAAUAGAAAGAGUAGGAAGUUUUUGAAGGUGUCUUUUUGCUUUAUGAAGAACUGUGUAUCAUACAGUUUGUUGCGCUCAGGAAAUUAGCUUGUCCAUUAACGUCCUGUACAUGCCACAUUUUCUUUUAUAUAUUUUAGCUUUAACAUUGUGACCCUGAGCUUAGUUCUCCAGAUUUAUUUUUCUUUAUUAACACUACCUUAUUCUGUGUUGAUACAGGGACCAUGGAAAGUGUUAGACAAUUAAGCCACACUUAUAAUAAUUACUUUAGAUCAAUGACGUAUUAGUUCAAGUGGUAUUUAUUUUUCAAGAACAUAAAAUUUAGCAAAAAUACAUUUUGAAAAUUUAAUGAAAAAAGACAAGUAUCCUACAUUCUGAAAAACUGCUAUUUGGCUUGAUAUUUUGUUGUUUUGUUUUUUAAAUAUUUGUUUUUGAAAACAGUUUAAGUGUUGCCAAAGUGUGCAAUUACUUUUAGGGCCACUAUAAAUCCCAUGUACAGCGAUUCAUUUUUGCUGCUAGCUGUUUUGAUUAAUAUUAAGCAUGAUGAGUGACAAAAAAAAUGUACAGGGUACAAACCUUUUGUUAUAUUAAUAAAUGUACAUACAAUUGUGUGCUUUAUCGCUCUAUAAAUAAUAUUUAUAUAAAUGUAUAUGUGUGGUUAUGAGUGUGUGUGUGUGUGAGUGUGUAUAUUUGGUCCACAUUGGCAGAUGAUUAUAUUGUAUUUUUUGUAAAACAUACAGCAGAGACUGAUGUUAAUGUUUAGCAAUGAAAAUGUCUUUUUAAAUUCAAAUGUAUUGAGUUGCUCACACUAUGCACACCUGUGUUUCACAAUGUUUUACAUUGUAUAUUCUUUGAUCACUCAUUCACAAUGCAAAAAUAGUGAUUCAGCAUUCAAGCGAAUUAUAUGAAUUCUGUAAAAAGUUUUCCUCCUUGGGCUUGGCUGUUUAUAGGGUUAUGACAGCGUUUGAUUUUCCAGGGUCAAAAGUUCUGUCAGUAUCAUAAUGUUUCUUUAGAUUCUAAAGAUUCUGUUGUGGUUUUAGAGAAUUGUAGGGUAUUUGAUUUGUAAAAUGACACUUUUACAAGUUAUUUUCCUCCUUGAAUAUUUUUAUUGCAAAUUUAGAGUUGUUAAUAUUUUUCAGUUAAAGAGCAUUAUUUUAUUAUGAAAAUGGUUA